GCUGGAGGCAAAGCUGGGAAGGACAGCGGGAAGGCCAAGGCCAAGGCAGUGUCUCGCUCACAGAGGGCUGGGCUGCAGUUUCCCGUGGGCCGCAUCCACAGACACUUGAAGACUCGCACCACGAGCCAUGGAAGGGUGGGUGCCACUGCUGCCGUGUACAGUGCUGCAAUUCUGGAGUACCUCACUGCUGAGGUACUGGAGCUGGCAGGUAACGCUUCCAAGGAUCUCAAAGUAAAGCGUAUCACUCCACGUCACUUGCAGCUUGCAAUCCGUGGUGAUGAAGAAUUGGAUUCUCUUAUCAAGGCUACCAUAGCUGGGGGUGGUGUGAUCCCUCACAUCCACAAAUCUCUGAUUGGAAAGAAGGGACAACAGAAAACUGCUUAGAGGGUUGUUUCGCCCAGCCCUCGUUCUCCCCAUCAUUGUACUGUAACGGGGACAGAGGAAAUCAUGGGGAUAUGUGGAAUUUUUAAAACAUUUAAAUGGAAAGCAUAGACAAUUACUGUAGACAUGAUAAAAGAAACAUUUGUACGUUCUCAGACUUGGAAGUUUGAUAAAAGUACCUUUUCAUGUGGUAACAGUUGUGUUGAUUGGCGAGGUUUCUCCGUGUUUUAUACAAAAAUGGAACUGAUAAACCAUUUUUUAAAAAACAA